UGAGCACUCUUGAAUGACGACAGCGCGGCCGCAUGGAUAUCGCGUGUUCACUGGCGCUCAGCGCUCAGUUCUUGGGUUUGUUGAACUCUACUAGUAUAGAAUGACACGACGUCGCAAGAAUGCACCAAAACAACAAGCCAGAACAGAACUUGCAGGAGAAGCUCAAGCUCACAAGACAGAUGGCUCUCCGAGUCCGUGUGCACCUACAACACAAUACCAGCAUUUCAUUCCACGAUUCAUAUUACGAAGAUUCCAAGUUGGUCCUGUGAAGUCCAAAACAGAACGACAAAAAGAAUUUCGACGCACUGGUGUUGAUCCUGAAUACGUCCACUACUAUGAUAUUGCCACGGGUAGCCUUGACAUUCGACCUAUUGGAAAGGUUUACGGCGUACAGAAUCUCUACCAGGACGUCCGAAACACCUAUAAUAUCAACGAGCUAGAGGAGAAAUUAGCGGACCUCGAACGUCAUGCAGCCUCCAUUAUCAUGGACCUGCACAAAGCGCUUCCUCAGGGAACUUUCACUCUGAAGCGGAGGCCGCUAGAGCUCCUGCGGAAGUUCCUAUUUAUCAUGCAUUAUCGCAAGGUAACAUGCUCCCACACCUACUUUCAAGCGGAUCACCCGGAGAACGCAAGGGGCCGUCAGUGGAUUGAGUCCUUCAUGAAAGCGAAGGGUAUUCAAUCCGCUGUCGAAUUUUGGCUAUACGUCCUCAGAUACUACCUGGACACAUCGCAUUCAGAUAUCAUGCGAGAUGCUGCAGAACUCAUAGAGAAGUACGGCGAAGAAGGUCUUCAAAAAAUGAUGACUGAAUCGCAUAUCCCACCUGAUCUCGAAAACCACGAUGCUUACACUUACCAUACUCAUGCGGACAACUACUUCUUCAGCAUCUGGGAAGCCGCGGAAGGGGAAGAAUUCAUCCUCACGCACAACACAUUUGGUUUGUGGGAAGGGUUGGGAGGUGGCUGCCCUGGCCUGCAUCGCAUAUUUGUAGUCAGCCCUCGCAUUGCCCUUGUCCUGCGGCAUGUGAUAUUGCGUUCAGAAAUCAAGGAAUACAUCAAGCCGGGUUCGUUAGUGAGCUCUUUGCUUCACGUGAAUCCAGUACCACCCACUCCAAUUUACGCCAGUGGAGAACGCGGUGCACACAUCAACCACGUAGAUAUGCAAUCCGCGAUGUCACUUGCACGUUACAGAUCCUCCCAGGAAGGGGCGGAUGACAGUUUUGUGUUCAAGAUCACAAAGUUGUCGCGACCCCAAACAUUGGAGUUCAAUUCCGUUCUAUUAGUCAAUGUGACGAAGACAGGCUCUUUGACCUUCCUGUCAAAGACGAGUAUGCUCCGCACCGUGCGUGCGUUCCGGAGUGUGCCAGCCAAUUUUCUUGAGAGCGAGCUUCUCGUUCCGCUCAUUGCGCGACUGGCGGAUACUAUAGAGACAGGAGUGUCAACUCUUCGCCCACCAUUACAGUCGCCAGCGGCUGUCCUCGACAAGGACGUUGACGCACUUACACUCGUUGAUGUAGUGCUCUAUGUGCUUCUGAUGCAGAUAUGCACGGGUAGCAGGCGGUUCGAAACGGCAUACGACAGGGCAUACCUAGUCUUUAGAAUCAUGGAGAAAGCAAAGCCUACUUCAUUUGCAGACGAAAUCAACCGAGAAGUGGAGAAGGCUUUCAAGGUCUGCAAAUGUUCGGAGGAUGAAGUGUCUUUCGCAGACGGUGUCAGUUUCGCUCCUUUACUCUCUUCGAUUUCCAACGAGUCGUCCUCUCAACUCUUCCAAUUCAUGAUACCUUGCAUGAGCAAACUGGGCGCAGUGAUGUCUGGAGGUGAAGGGAUUUUGGAAGAACUCCAAGAUGAAGUCGCCGUAGUGAGCUUUCUUGCACGUGCGUCAAGCAGCCCUGGAGUGUGGCAUGCGCUCUUGUGUACCAGCCCAAAGGCCCCCGAAAUCUUGUCAAGGCUAUUCAAGAAGAUACCCCAACAGAUAAGUUUGUUAUGGAUCUCACGCGGUUCAUGUAUGAGCGCGCUUCGCCGUCAGAUUUCUCUUCUGGUUUUCAUAUGGCAUAUUCAUUACGAGGAGUAUGCGGCAUGGCUGGGCCGACCACCAAUCCUGUCAGUCUGAGCUAUUACUUGUUAACGGCAUCUAUAAUUCGAUGUCUCGGUCGCACAAUGCUGGGGUCCCUGCCAGAACCGUACUCAUCGCAGCCGCGCGAGAGGCCCAAGGCCCGGCUCCUCUACAAGAUGCCAGAAGAGCAUUCAGAGUUACUUUUCUCGAAUAUGAAGAUGAUACUGUGGAAAUUGCUCCCGGGAUAUGAGCCGUCGCCGGGAGGGAGUACUCUGGGCCAAACCCUCCUAAAGUGGAUAGACGAGAUGGCCAUCGUCGGUUGUCUUGCGUGGUUGGGGAAGCAUAGAAGGAAUUUUCUGGACUACAUUGUGGAUGGGUUUCCGCAGGGUAUGAAUUUCAAGUUGUUUGAAGAUGAAGAAGCCACUGGGAGUACCUGAAUCAGCUUGUUCGAAUCGACCUUCUAUAGUGUUCGAGAUCGCUUACUGAGACGUAUCAGUUGUACAUAUUUUUAUUGCAAAUGACUCAUUGAGCAGUGAUGAUUGCAG